AUGAUCUACGACUCUACAACCAGCCGAUAUAAGGACCUAAAGCGCUUGGCUAAAUGCAGAUUCACGUUUAGGGGAAAUGAGCUAGCCUUGCAGAUUGCCAAGUUCGGCGAUCCCGGCAAUAAUGGCCCAUACACCUACAUCGUUGACGCAGGACCCGACAUACAGGCGGCGCUAAACACCAAGUUUAAAGCCGGCAAUGGAGGAAGCAUACCAGCCUACGAGAUUCGAGAAAAAAUACGCGCCAAGAAAGGACGAAGCACCGAGGAGAGAUCCAAUCCGGAACAGAUCCGCUCAGUGUAUCAUUUAUUUGGAACGAUUCAAGGCACCACAUUGGCAGCGCAUUGUCCAAUUAGUGGUGAAAUCAACUUGGCCAUGCCUCAGUGGGAUCAUGGAAAAGAGAAAAUUUGGAUGCCAUAUUCCCCUUGGGGUGGAGUGACUGCAACAGCGAAUUUCUCCCAAAACCGCGUGCUCCAGAAAGUCCCGUCCAUCAACACGAGUAUGAACCAUUCAACGAUGGCCCUUGAGGCAACCAUCUAUGGUGCCCUUUGGCACUACCGUGAGCUCAAAAGGCUCAUGUUGAACACACUUGAGUGGGGCUGGAAGGCCAACACUGUCAAAAAAAAAAUCGAGUGGCAUGUCAAACCGGCGCCCUCCACGAAGGUCGAUGACUACGACUGGCUGGGAGUGGUCAAGGGGAUGAAGGAACUCCUUCAAAACCUCAACGCGGACUCGACCGUCAAAAGUGCGGAAGCACGGGGCCCGUUGUGGUCAAUAUGCCUGGAGUCGAAAGGGGCAGCCUCCGCUGCGGCGGGAAAGACCCUUUCCCUGAACGCCAAGGGGAAAAAUUACAAGGUGAGGAUAGAGCCUUACCACCAGGGGGGCCCGACGAAGAUGGUCCAUGGGGAGACGCGGGGCCCUAAGCGGAGGGUGGUGUUCGAACGCCCCCCGGGGUGUAUCAAGUUCGAGCUCCCCUUCGGCAAGGAGUUCUCAGAUUAUGUUGUUCGGUUCUGGCCGGAGCCGGUUGACGGGCCGUGCCACUUCUGCAAGGGCAUGGAUUGA